CACCAUGGUUCCGGCCCGACGUGGGAGUCCCGUUAUAGUGGGAGGAAGGUCCUGGAGGGAGGUCGCUGGUUCGCUGUCUUACCCAGGGCUCAGCCAUGGAUAUGUACAUGAUGCCCAACCCCUCCAUGCCUGGUGUCCCCCCAGGUCUGGAGUACUUAACACAGGUUGACCAGCUGCUUAUAAAACAAAGGGUCGAACUUAUCGAAGCCCUCGCCGGCUUCGAGAGCAACAAUAAGUACGAGAUCCGCAACUCCUUGGGCCAGAACGUGUUCUUCGCGGUGGAGGAGAACGACUGCCUGAGCCGGCAGUGCUGCGGCCCGCUGCGCUCCUUCACCAUCCGCGUGCUCGACAAUUUCGGCCACGAGGUCAUCACCAUCACGCGGCCCCUCAAGUGCACCUCCUGCCUCUUCCCCUGCUGCCUGCAGGAGAUGGAGGUGCAGUCGCCCCCAGGGAACACGGUGGGCUACGUGCUGCAGCAGUGGCACCCCAUCUUCCCCAAGUUCAUCAUCGAGAACGAGCGGCGGGAGCAGGUGCUGAAGCUCCACGGGCCCUUCUGUGGCUGGAGCUGCCUGCCAGACGUCGACUUCGAGAUUCUCACCAUGGACGAGAUCAAUAAGAUCGGCAAGAUCAGCAAGCAGUGGACGGGCCUCUUGCGGGAGGUGUUCACCGACACGGACAACUUUGGCAUCCAAUUCCCCAUGGACCUGGACGUCAGGAUGAAGGCGGUGAUGAUUGGCGCGUGCUUCCUCAUCGACUUCAUGUUCUUUGAGAACAACCAGUAGAAGCCGGACAUCCUGGAGAAAGACCUGUCGUGGCAUGGAGUGGGAUCCUCUGCUAAGAUGCAUUCAUCUGUGUUCCUCUUAUAAUCAUCUCAGUUUGGAAGGAAGGACUUCACUUUCCACAAAACAAGGGAUUCUUGCGGUAUGUGGCUUAUGGCCACCUCUCAGGGGUGACUCCCCAGGGCCUCCUCCUUGGGGAGUACUGUCAGAUUUGGAGUUGGGGGCAGAUGUUUCCUGGGUUUGCCCCUUGCAGUCACUGCCAGGUACAGGGGGGUGGGCUUGAAGGCUUUUAGCUUAACGCUCAGACCUCAAAGCUCAUCAGCAUGGAGCUGGGCAAAAUUCACGCAUGCAGCAGAGCGACCGUCUGCCGGAAAGCAGGACGCCCCCCCCCCCCAACCCACACACACAGCUAGCAAGGCUUUGCACUGUUUGUAGCAACAGGGUGAGGCAACCUCAGACAAUUCACAAGCAGCAUGAGACCGUUUGACGAUAAGUCCUUCUCUUUGGGUUUGACUGUCCUCCUUACUAAGAAACAGAUGUGUUAACUAUGUGUAUCAAAAAAAAUAUUUAAACUACUAAUUUUAUUGUUUUUUAAUUUAUUAACUUUUUAAGGCUUUUGUAAAUAUCCUUUUGAAAUGUCAGCAAUGUUCCACCAGGGGCCAGUAGUUCUCUGUUCUGAACAGAUACCAAUGAUUUCAAGUCCGAUGUGGGAUGAUCACCAAUAAAGCCGGUGAAUGUAAAUAAAGUUCUGAAUGUGAUUGAGUAAGUCAGCUGUGAGAUAUAACACUAAUUAAUAUGUAAUUAUUAGUGCUGCAUGAUGGUUGGAAGCUCUUUAUUGCAUUAUACCUGCUGUUUUCAUUUCCAGUAUUCUGGACUCGAAACUGAAAUGUCCCGUUUAUUAGUGAUGACUAACUAUUGUAUAUGAAGUGGCUUCAGUGAUGGUCCGGCAGUUGCUGAAUUUAAUCCCCGACUAGUACUGCAUCUGUUAGUGCUGCUGGUUCUGUUCGGUUUCUGAAAUGUGCAUGCGGCUAUUUAAAAAAGCAAGUUGUGAACAGGGGGAGGUUUUGCGCGGGUCGUUCUGGAAUGCAUUCCGAGGAAUUGGAAUGGAAGGCUCCCAUGCCUGCCUCUUUAUUUAAAACGUGAUCGUCUGCCAGUACCUCGACGCUGACAAAUCGGUGCUGUUACGCGAACAAUCUGCUGGCCUCCGAUUCACCCUUUUACACGUGAGGCCCCCUCCCUUCUCAUCAGUACAUAUCCUUCCACAAGGCGGGGGCACAAAACAUCUGCGAUUUUUAAAACAAAAACCAUGAUUAUGUCCAUCCAUUUGUUACGUUCCUGGGCCACGUCCCAAGUGAACUGUCUGUCUCAUCUUUUAGUAAGAGGCAUUGACACCCCCGCUGCGACCUUUGAUUAAGAAAUAUAUUAUAAUUGCAGUGGAGUCUCCUGCCUUUGGGGGGUGCUGUGUGCUUGGCAGCUACUCUGCUGCGCCACUGUUGUCCAGGAGUUAGGCCCUUAACAGCCCCCCCCCCCCCCAAAAUGGGCACUGGAUUAAUGGCUGGCUCUGGGCUCUGAUCCCCACAUUCUGCUUAUAAAUGGGUGCCAGAACCACAGCCUGCGUUUUGUGAGACUGUGCAUGAGAUAUUAACUGAACCGUUAGCCCCAAACCCUCUGUCUUCUGCUCUAUCAUCUCACCAGAUGGUAAUAAGUGUAAAGCUUUCUUCACUUUGGGUUUGGUUGGUGUUACAGAUGGGGAUGACAUUUGAGGGAAGUCUUUCUGCGAGUCACACUAGUGUGAUGUCAGCUUUGACCUCUGACCUCAGUAGCAUCUGUUACAGUGCAUGUGUUUACUCUUGCCUGGUUAAUGUGCACAGGUCGUGGUGACUUCUUCACUAACCUGCUUUGAAUGGGUAACUCAGUUGUUUGCUUCGAAAGCGCCAUAAAAAGCUAUAAAAGCUGUUCUGGUCUCCGCUCCUGUCCCCUCUAUGCAUUGUACUGGGUCUCACACUUAAAUAACCUGGGCGGUCCUGGCUAGGCGGUGUCCCCCAAGCAGGCCACACAAGCUGUUUGAGCCAAAAGAAAACUGAGAGAGAACAAAAUCAAUAAUCCCCUAAUAAUCUCUGUAUUUUUCUCAAGGCAGGGUGGGGCCCUGAUGCUUCCAGAGCACUGGGCUACAGUCUAUACAUUAAUCCAAAUGUGAAUUAUCAAUGCAGUUUUAGGGUUGCGCCAUUUCCUGGUUUUUCUGUGACCUCUAAGCAGCCCCCCCCCCCCCAGGAGAGUGUGGGGGUUUAGUUCAAACAGUGCCGCAUUCCAUUUGCUUAGAAUUCCCUGUGUUGGAAAAUUACAGAUGCGUGGGAAUGUGAAUGUUUCUCCAGCCACUCGAGUGCUGCAGCUUAAGGCUGAUCUCUGCAUGGCGCCGAUGCCAUGGCUGCCGUAAGUGACCUGCGCAAGUGACCUGCGCCGUCACCAGUAUUUAUACUUGUAGCAAUUACUCUGCCAAAUGUGAUGUAUUCAGUUGUUGAAUCGUGCAAUUGAAACAGGUAGAAAAAAACAUUUAACAAGGCAUCCAUUUAUCGAGUCCCAGUUACAUUUGUGCUGCUCCAAAUUUCCCGUAGACAAAUCUGGAAAAAUGUCAAGUCACUACAAAGUUACUUUGUGUGUGUUUUUUUCCCUUCUAAAGUUAGUGUCUAUACUUUUUACUUUAGUGUUGUACAAAUAAACUUAAUGGGGGUGAGUGAAA